AUGCCCGCGCCCAGCCCGGGGCCCCGCGAGGUCCUGGCCUCCUCCCCAGAGCCUGGAUCCAGAGCAGCUGCUGCGGGCUCCAGCUGCCGUGGCCUCCUCUGGCAUCUACAGGACAAGCGGUUGCGCCUAGGCCUGUUUGACAUUGACCCGGGGCAUAAGCUGCACCAGAUGACGUGUAUGAUGCAGGCAGGGCUGUGGGCUGCCACCCAGGUCUCCAUGGACCACCCGCCCACAGGGCCGCCCACUGAGGAGGAUUUCUCCCAGGUCCUGACCCAGGUUCACGAGGGCUUCGAGCUGGGCACCCUGGCUGGCCCGGCCUUCGCCCGGCUGCGGCGCUCCCUAGGCCUGGCGGAUGAGGACUACCAGGCUGCGCUGGGCCCCGGCGGCCCCUACCUGCAGUUCCUCAGCACCUCCAAGAGCAAGGCCAGCUUCUUCCUGUCCCACGACCAGCGCUUCUUCCUGAAGACCCAGCGGCGCCGGGAGGUGCAGGUGCUGCUCGCCCACCUGCCCCGCUACGUGCAGCACCUGCAGCGGCACCCGCACUCUCUGCUCGCGCGGCUGCUGGGAGUGCACAGUCUCCGGGUGGCCCAGGGAAAGAAGAAAUACUUCAUCAUCAUGCAGAGCGUCUUCUUUCCCGCCGGCCGCAUCUCCGAGAGGUAUGACAUCAAGGGCUGCGAGGUGAGCCGCUGGGUGGACCCGGCCCCCGAGGGCAGCCCCAUAGUCCUGGUGCUGAAAGAUCUCAACUUUGAGGGCAAGACUAUCAACCUAGGGCCCCAGAGGAGCUGGUUCCUCCGCCAGAUGGAACUGGACACUGCCUUCCUCCGGGAACUCAACAUGACAGAUUACAGCCUCCUGGUGGCCUUCCAGCAACUCCACGAGGAUGAGAAGGGCCUGGGCAGUAGCCUCAUCUUCCGCACAGUCAGGUCUGUGCGAGGGAUCCAGAGCCCGGAGGAGUCGGGAGCCCAGAACCGUCGGCUGCUACCCGACGCCCCCAACGCCCUGCACAUCGUGGAUGGGCCGGAGCAACGCUAUUUCCUGGGCCUCGUGGACCUCGUCACGGUCUACGGGCUCCGCAAGCGGCUGGAGCACCUAUGGAAGACGCUGCGCUACCCGGGCCGGACCUUUUCCACCGUCAGCCCAGCUUGCUACGCCCGUCGCCUCUGCCAGUGGGCGGAGGCGCACACCGAGUGACCGGCGCCGGGCCGCUCUCCCCAUCUGGACAAUGGGCGCACGCCCGGAACGCCGGUUCCAGCCUGGCCAGGGCAGCAGGUUGGGCUCCCCUCGCCGGCUGUUCCUCCCGUUGGCCUCCAGAGGGCGGUGUCCGCUCACUAAUACGACGGCGACACAGCCUCAUUCGACGGUGAUGCU